AUGCUUUUGGAAUCUGUGGACAGGCAACAACCACUGGCUGUGCUGAUUUUUGGAAUCACCACAAUCCUUGUUUACCACCUCUACCGCACGUACUCGCAACUGCAGCACAUUCCCGGCCCCCUCGUCGCAAAAUUUACCAACUUCCAUCGCUUUCUCCUCGCGCGUCGUGGCCGCCUCCACCUGUACCAAGACCGCGCUCACCAACGAUAUGGGCCCGCCGUUCGUUUCGGGCCCAACCUAAGUAAUAUGUACCGCGCCUUCCGACCCUGGACCACUGAUGGCCUACUCCUCUCCGUCUUCACCGCAGAAGAUGACGCUUCAAAUCGAGAGAUGAAGCAACACAUCUCUGUGUAUUAUUCGCUCUCGUACGCUGUAUCGUCCUUUGAGCCAAGAAUGGAUAGUGCUUCGCGAAUGUUCUUUGACGAGCUUGAUCGCCGGUUCGUGCCAACGGGAGCACAAUUCGACGUGACACAGUGGAUGAAAUUUCUAUCCUACGAUACCAUGGGCUUGAUGACAUUUUCCCGGCCAUAUGGCUACGUUCAGCAUGGGAGAGACUUACACGGCAUCAUGGACGAUGUGAAGAGAGCAAACCUCAGUAUCGGACCCAUGACGCAGAUACCAUGGCUCGAUUGGCUCUUGCAUAAGAACUGGGUAGCAAAUCUCUUCAAACGCGAAUCCAUUGCCCCUCUGCUGGACUACGUCUUGGCGCGUAUUUCAGAGCGUCAGGAAGAACGUCGAAAAAAUCCCAAAUCGCCCUCCAAUGCAAAUGUCGACGGACCCAUUCCUGCAGGUGACUUCCUUGGGUAUUACCUCAAUGCCCAGGAGAGAAAGGAUAAUGUGCCACUUCGAUUUGUGUCAACCUGGACUUUUGCUAAUAUUCUUGGAGGGGCCGACUCCACGGCUUCCAUGCUUCGAUCUGUAGUCUGUUUUCUAAUAGAACACCCUGGCGCACUGGAAACUGUACGGGCUGAGCUGCGGGAUAAGCAACGCACUGCCACCGGACUCACUCUACCUUUCCCACAAUGGCAUGAGCUGCAGAACCUCCCCUUCCUAGACGCCUGUAUUAAAGAGUCACUCCGGCUUGAUGCUCCAUUCGCUAUGCCUCUUGAACGAGUAGUUCCUGCAGAGGGAGCCACAAUCUGUGGUCACUUUUAUCCUGGGGGUACCGUGGUUGGGAUGAGUCCAUAUAUUACUAACCGCUAUAAGCCGACAUGGGGUGAUGAUGCUGAUCAGUGGCGUCCCCGUCGCUGGUUGGAAGGCGAACCGUCGCAUAUCAGAAAGCUUGAAGCCAGUCUGCUUAGUUUCGGGGCCGGGACACGAGGUUGUCUGGGCCAGCACGUCGCACUUUUUGAAAUCAAGAAGUUUGUCACAGCGCUCUUCAUGAACUACGAUAUCGAUCUUGUCGAGCCUCGAGCGAAGUCCAAUCCGUACUACUGGGUCGUAUACCCAGAGAGCGUGCAGGCGACGGUUAGAAAACGCGAGUUCAAACAGUAG